UGGACUCCCGAGCAGUUUUAUGCUGUUGUCUCGCGUGUCGAAGAUUACCAUAAAUUCGUCCCCUGGUGCCAAAAGUCAACCAUUGUAAAACCCCCAGCCAACAACUACAUGGAAGCAGAGCUGGAGGUCGGGUUUCAGGUGCUAGUGGAGAGGUACACGAGCCAGAUCUACCUGACCCCGCCGCGCUCCGUGCGCUCCAGGGUGAACAAUAGCACCUUGUUUGACCACCUGGACUCCACCUGGACCAUGGAGCCCGGGCCCACCCCGCGCUCAUGCUGGCUAUCCUUCUCAGUGGACUUUGCAUUCCGCUCCCAGCUGCAUGGCUACCUGGCCGACAUCUUCUUUAGCGAGGUCGUGAAGCAGAUGACCGGCGCCUUCGAGGGGCGCUGUGCCAAGCUCUACGGC